UGCGGAAGAAAUAAAACGAUCCGAAGAAGAGAAUGGCCUCAACAUAGAGUACACCUUUGAAUACUUGAGACCACUUGAAUGACUCGGUCUUCGGAUAUCUUUUCAACAUUUAUCGGUAGCAACAAAAUCACCGCCAAUUUGGUCACCAAUUGGUUAUUAUUUAGUGAUCGCAACACUCAUUACAAACAUAUAAUACAAAGCCGUCAACACCUCUAAUAAUAUGACAACAACGACAACACCUCUAACUAAAAGCACAUGUUUUUCAAUGCAUUGAGUGUUGUAUUGAAUGAAUUGAAUGAAUGUUUGCAAAGAAUAGUCUUUUCAAUCAAUUGUCUAUUGAUUUGAAUUAACAAUACUUUUGAUUAAAUAAUGUUUUCUUUAACCAAAUCCGUGGCUAAGCUUAAGGCUCUCACAAACUCUUCAAAUGAUAUCAAUCUCAACAUUAAGAAGAAGAAGAAGAAAACCUCUAAACACAAGAAACUGAUGACAGAUAAUGACGUGAAUGUUGACGGCAAACACAAAAGACACGACACAAGAGGUGUUAUUAGGAUAUCUAACAUACCCUUUGGUUUCUUCGAGAAAGAAAUGUUUGAAUAUUUCUCUCAAUUCGGAACUGUCUUACGAUUAAGGAUUUCACGAAAUCCCAAAACAGGAAAUCGAAGAAAUUAUGCAUUCGUUGAGUUUGAGUUCGAAGAAGUGGCUAAUAUAGUGGCAGAAACUAUGAAUAAUUAUCUUAUGUUUAACCAUAUAAUCAAAUGUCAAUAUAUUCCGGACUUUAAAGUUAAGAAAAUGCCGCUUAUCUUCAAAAACUGGAAUAAGUUGUCGAUUACUUCUACAGAAAGUCAUAAAUUGAAACAUAACAGAAGUAAAGAUAUCGACCGAGAGAUCAAACUGACCAGAAAACGACUGACGAAAGUAAGAGCAAUGGAAAGUCAACUCAAAAAACAUGGCAUUGACUUUAAGUGUGAAAUCGUUAAUACACUGAGUUUUUCAACGAUUAGACGAGAAGCCAAAGCAUUGGCUGUGAAUGAUAUGACAAACAAUGAAUUAAAAAGACAAAAGAGUAAGAAAACAAUUGUUAGAAAAACACAUCAGAAGAUCAAUAAGGAAGAGAUCGUCAAACGUAUCAAAGAGUCGAUCGUUGAUUUGAAUAAACAAUUUAGUGACAAACGUAAAGCCCGAAAGAGACUACUGUUUCCCAAUUUAUAUAAGUUUUCUUUAAUAUUAUCGGCAAAUAAGAAACGAUUAAAAUAA